AUGGCAGCGACGGUGACAAGAUUCCGGUGCCUGAAUGCCCCUCCGCUGCGUCAAGCAUCCCGCGCCCUAUUGCCGGCCUCCAUCGCUUCGAGAUCCUUCGCCACCGAAGCCUCAGCAUCAUCCUUAGAACCGCCUACGAAACGACGACCUACCUAUUUCAAAGACAAAUUGAACAGCGUUCCGUCUUUUGCGGAGUUUAUGGGCGCAGAGGAGGAGGCCUUGUCCAACGAAGAUGCGCUUGAGCUGCGGACAGCAAUGGUUGGACCUCCUGGGAGGAGGAGGCAGAUUACCCGACUCCCGGAGUGGCUGAAGACGCCUAUACCAGACAAUUCGAAUUAUAAGAAGAUCAAAAAGGAUCUGCGCGGGCUGGGACUUCACACUGUCUGUGAGGAGGCGAGGUGUCCCAAUAUUUCAGAUUGCUGGGGCGGAGGUGACAAGAGCGCCGCGACGGCUACGAUUAUGCUCAUGGGAGACACGUGCACGCGAGGAUGUCGGUUCUGCAGUAUCAAGACUUCGAAGGCGCCGCCGCCGUUGGAUCCCCACGAGCCGGAGCACACUGCGGAGGCGUUGGCCAGGUGGGGUCUGGGAUAUGUGGUGUUGACGUCUGUGGAUCGUGACGAUCUUGCGGAUGGAGGUGCACGGCACUGGGCAGAGACGAUUAUCAAGAUCAAACAGAAGAGACCCGAAACUCUGGUUGAGGCUCUGACGGGCGACUUUGAGGGGAAUCUGGACAUGGUCGCCAUGGUGGCGAAGAGUGGGCUGGACGUAUACGCGCAUAACAUGGAGACUGUAGAGGAACUAACACCUUUCGUUCGUGAUAGAAGGGCGAAAUUCAGGCAGAGUCUGUUAGUCCUGGAGAAGGCGAAGGUCACAGUGCCUACUUUGAUCACGAAGACAAGCAUCAUGCUGGGUCUGGGCGAGACGGACGACCAACUGAUGGAGACAUUAAAAGAGCUUCGUAAAGUCAACGUCGAUGUUGUGACGUUUGGACAAUAUAUGCGCCCAACAAAACGUCACAUGAAAGUCGAAGAAUACGUUACCCCUGAGAGAUUCGAGAUGUGGCGCCAGCGCGCCCUUGACAUGGGAUUUCUCUACUGUGCCAGCGGACCUCUGGUUCGAAGCUCGUACAAGGCCGGCGAGGCCUUCAUCGAAAACGUGCUGAAGAAGCGACGAGGCGUAACGAUACUACGGGACGAAGCCACCGGGCGACAGAAGGCUGUUGUAUAA